AUGGCGGCUGCACAAGAAGAUAUGCAAAACCCUUUGUCAGAUUUCAGCCUGGCUCUGGGACUGGAGUACAACACUGAACUGGAAUACGACGACGAUAUCAUCUCUGAGGAUGAAGAUAUCGAUCCUGCCUUACCUCGUGCUUCCAGAUCUAAAGGAGGAAAGCUGAAGAAACCGAGUGCUAGUGAGGCCAGAGCUGCUCAAUUGACUCGUCAAAUCUACGCUGAUUUUGAUGCUGUUGAUGAAGAAAAUCCUCAACCUGUGAUCUUCUCGGAUGACGAAUAUGACGAUGAGGAUUAUGUGGAUGAGGAGAAUCAGAUGGAUAUAGACGACGAAGGCGAUCUUUUAAGUAAUUUGAGAAGCGCUGCUCACAUGAAAAGAAAGGGUCCAAAAAGCUCCCAGGGAUACAAAAGGCAGGUGAUGCGUAGUAAAGAGAUGGACCCGGAGUUGAGAACAUACAUGUCUCGAGCCAAUGCUGCCUUUGUUCGUGGGGACCUCGAGUCAGCCUGGAAGAGUUACAUUGACGUCAUCAAGAUUGACAAUAAGAACUUCAAUGCUUACAAGACGUUGGCUGAAAUCAGCCAAAUGCAAGGUAACUAUGGAAGAAGCUGCUGCUACAUGUUUAUGGCAGCUCUCUCGAGCCCGUCAGAUACUGGUUUAUGGGGCCAGGUUGCUGAACUUAGUACUGAACUCGGUUUUAUUGACCAGGCCAUAUACUGUUACACGAGGGCAAUUGCUGCCAAGAAUAACGAGCACGACUAUGAGCAUAUUCUCAACCGUUCCCAGCUAUAUAAGGAAAAGAAACAGUUUGGCCGUGCUCUUGAGGGUUUGCAAAGACUUCAGACCCAAUAUCCCGAGGAGAGUGAUGUGGUUAAGGUUUUAGCCGAGGUGUAUGUGGCUCAGAGGAGAAACAACGACGCUAUUAACUUGUACAUGCGUAUGUUGGAGCGAAACAUGAAUCCUAGUGAUGCUAUCAAGGUGCCGCGCUUCGGUUGGUCUGAACUCAAUAUCUUAUUGGAGCUCUAUAUCAAUCAGGAAUCCUGGAUUCAGGCAAUUAGCGUCUUGAAGCUAGUUGCUCGAUGGAUCCAGAGGAGAAGUGACGAAACAUGGUGGGAUGAACAGGACGACGAUGCUGAAUUUGAUGACAGACGCCCUCUUGCUAUUCGGAAAAAGAAACCCCAGAUGUUCGAAAAAUGCGUGAAUAGGCCGCAUCAUUUGCCUAUCGAUAUCAGGUUCAAGUUAGGGUGCCUACGUCUAGAGUUGGACCAGAAAGACGAAGCUGUUACCCAUUUACGCUUCUUGAAUCGUGAAGCGGACAAGCGAGACGUUGCAGACUUAUUUUACAGUGCGGGCAAAAAUCUAGAGUUAAAGGGACACUACGAGGAAGCGAUCAGUUUUCUUAAGGAGGUCGAUGAUGAUGAUCUCACAACAGACACGGCGAUCCAUUUGGGACAAUGCUACUAUGAGCUCGGUGAUUUUAAGAAUGCAAAAGUCCAAUCUUUGAAAGCUCUUCGAGGUGAUCCAGAUAAUGUGGAUGUCAAAUUGAAUUUAGUCCAGGCACUUAUUGGUUUAGACGAAAGAGAUGCAGCAAAAAAACUUCUCCAAGAGAUCGAGAAUGAUUCUCUUAAUAAAAGAGACAAAGAGGACAAAGCUGCCGAAUCUUCAAUUCUCGAUGAUGAAGAUAACCUAGCGCUCAUAGGAAGUGCAAGAAAUUACAAAGACACGAAGAAGGAGGCGAUGACAGAGGAAAAAAAAGCCGAAAUUGAAAAGACGGCAACAAGGAUGGUGCUCGAAAAGUUUAGCCGAAUGGAAAAGUUACAGGAGCAGAUAGACCGGAACAACAAUGUAGCGGCGAUGGCAUGGAUGAAACUUGCGUCGCAGCUCAUUGACAUGUUCACUAGUAUCAAAGCUUUCUUUCCUAGGAGUACACGUGAUGGUUUUCGUGGGGUCGUGAUGUAUCUUCGCCGCAAGCAAGAUCUGGAUAUCUAUAAUAGAUUGGCAAGGAUUCAUAACCUCUAUGAGGGAAUUUCUGACACAACUGCAUCCAAAGCUACUCUUAUUUCAAAAUCGGAGUUUCGUGGUCUAACCUACGAUCAAUGGCUCUAUAUCUUUGUUCAAAACGCUCUUCUCCUCCGUUAUUUUAAUAACGACAUCAAGGAAGCAGUCAAUAUCUUGGAAGUUGCUUUUGAUGUGAAUGUGUUCAUACAAGAUAAACAGAGGCUGAUGCUACUUCGUCUUGCACGACUCUCACUUGCUAUUAAUCAGCAAGACUUCAUUGUCUCUGUGUGCAACAACGUUCGUUAUGUUCUAUCAUCCACACAGUUUUCCUCGACUAUUUAUGCCACUUUUAUGUGUUGCUUCGCCUCUGGAAUCUCCGCCUGGGCAGCUUUCAGCAACUAUAACCAUCAGAAAUACUUUUUAAGACAGCUCAAAGCGUACGACUCAUUGCGAACUUCGACUGAAGUUUCGGGCGCUGCUCAUGUUACUGUUGAUGUGAAGAAUAUGAAAUUCGACAAGGAGCUCCCCCUGUUACUCUACAUCUACGCCUGUCUCCUUGGAAGCAACCGUACCUUCUCAUCACCAAUCGUUUACCUUACAAGGGCUUACAAAGAAUACUAUAACGAUCCAACCAUAUGCCUCAUGCUUGGUUUAGCACAUGUGCAUCGCUCGAUGCAAAGAAACUCGUCCAACAGACACAUGCAACUUCUACAAGGCAUCAGCUAUCUUUUGGAGUAUAAAGAGCAUAGAAGUGUCAACAGCACCAUCUACGAAAAGCAAGAAAUCGAAUACAACUUUGGUCGUUUGUUCCAUAUGCUAGGUCUUCCUGCUCUUGCGAUCGACCACUACAACAAAGUACUAAGUUUUCACGAACAGCUUCAAAAUGACCCCGAUUAUGAUUUACUGAUCGAUGCAGCCUACAAUUUGACUCUCAUCUACACGAUUAACGGAAACACAAAGAUGACCCAAAACCUCACGAAUAAAUACCUAACCAUUUAA